GGUAUAGCUCCUGGGAAACCCUGGUGUGACGGUCUAUGGGAGUCUCCCAUGUGACGGCAUCCCCUUGUUGGGCCCCAUGGUGGGUGGGGUCACUAGGAGCUGAAUUUUAAAAUCUAAAUAUGGAUUCAUUAAAACCUAAAACAUGUACUGAUGCAUUACCACCAGCCUACCUUAUCGUUCAUGCCAUGGGAGAAACACCCCUAUCUAAACGCUCCCCUUUUUUGAUUCAAAAAUUGUUUGAAUCGACCGUUGGGAAUCUGAAAAAAAUUCAAAAAUUGAGGUCAGGAGAUCUACUUGUAGAAGCAGCCUCCCCUCAACAGUCAGCAAAGCUUCUGAAAAUGAAGUCUCUAGGAGACAUAAUGGUAACCAUCACACCACACACAAAUUUGAACUCAUCACGUGGUGUGAUAUCUGAAAGCGAUCUGAUGUCUGAGGAUGAAUCGGAUAUUCAGAUCGGUCUUUCAGACCAAGGUGUCACUGCUGUUCGACGAAUUUCAAUCCGUCGAGAUGGCAAGUUGAUACCAACGAAACACCUUAUUUUGACUUUCAACAAACCAACAUUGCCAUCUUCUGUUGCGGCAGGAUAUCUCCGUUGCCCAGUUCGCCCAUACAUCCCAAACCCGCUACGUUGCUUUAAAUGUCAGCGGUUUGGACACUCCCAAACAUCAUGCAGAGGAAAAAAAGCAUGUGCACAGUGUGGAAAUGAAGACCAUGAGAGUAAUGAAUGCACAAGUUCUCCAUGCUGUGUGAACUGCAAAGAUGCUCAUCCUGCCUACUCUCGGAAAUGCCCUUCAUGGCAGAGAGAGAAAGAAAUUCAGCGAUUGAAGACUAUUAAUAAUAUAUCCUACCCGGAGGCACGUCGUAUGGUCACCUUAAAUACACCAGUGAAACAAAAGACAUUCGCUGCUGCUCUGAAAUCCACAAAGACAUGUGGAGUUCAGACAGACAUUUCUGUUUCACCCGAUGAAUCUCUGACUCGCCAUGAAAAAUGUCUGCUGAUACCAUCUACCAAAGCAACAGAAAAAGAGAAUAACAAAGCAAAACCACUCAUACCUAAAACAGGGGUAACAACUAGGAAUGUGGGUUCCAAAAAAGCCAGUAAGAACCCACUUAAUAAACAAAGAAUAAAAGCAGCCCUGUCUAAAACUAAAAAAUCAGAGACUCAGUCUAUGAGCGAGUUCUCUGACUUCUCUGAUGAAGAGAAUAAUAAGGGGGUGACACCACCAACAUCACCUCCAAAAGAAAAACCCCCUGUGAAAUUAAAGAGGGACAACCUUGCUAAAAAUGCUGCCUCAGAUGAUGAUAGCCACAACCGUGCCAGUGGAGGUGUGGCUAUUGUAGUUUCAAAUCACAUCCCAUCCUUGCCGGUACAAAUCACCACUAAUUUGCAAGCCGUGGCAGCUAGAAUAUCUAUUGGAGUAACUGUCACACUACCAACACCAUUUCUUUUACUGGGUGACUUCAAUGGUCACAAUCCUAUGUGGGGCAGUCCUGACAUCAAUCGUCGAGGCAGAGCCAUCGAGAGAUUUAUAGGCCACGUGGGUAUAAGAGGUAAUGAAGAAGCUGAUACAGCUGCUAAGUCAGCAAGCCCUUCACAGCAUACAAUGCGUAUUGAAGGAGGUGAUUUGAAGCUAGUUGUUAAAAAACGACUAGCCGAGAGAUGGCAAAUCAUGUGGAAUGCACAAAUCCACAAUAAACUUUACGAGAUCAAACCUUUGGUAGAAAAUUGGACACAUAAUAGGCAAUAUGAUAGGAGAUCUGAGGUUAUCCUUACUCGUCUGAGAAUUGGACACACUCGACUGACUCAUCAAUACCUUUUGAAGGGAGAUGACGAACCAGUAUGUCAGCACUGCAACUGUGCUGUAAGUGUUAAACACAUAUUUUGCAACUGUGUUGCUUCUGAUCAGAGUCUUCGCCCAUACAUCCCAAACCCGCUACGUUGCUUUAAAUGUCAGCGGUUUGGACACUCCCAAACAUCAUGCAGAGGAAAAAAAGCAUGUGCACAGUGUGGAAAUGAAGACCAUGAGAGUAAUGAAUGCACAAGUUCUCCAUGCUGUGUGAACUGCAAAGAUGCUCAUCCUGCCUACUCUCGGAAAUGCCCUUCAUGGCAGAGAGAGAAAGAAAUUCAGCGAUUGAAGACUAUUAAUAAUAUAUCCUACCCGGAGGCACGUCGUAUGGUCACCUUAAAUACACCAGUGAAACAAAAGACAUUCGCUGCUGCUCUGAAAUCCACAAAGACAUGUGGAGUUCAGACAGACAUUUCUGUUUCACCCGAUGAAUCUCUGACUCGCCAUGAAAAAUGUCUGCUGAUACCAUCUACCAAAGCAACAGAAAAAGAGAAUAACAAAGCAAAACCACUCAUACCUAAAACAGGGGUAACAACUAGGAAUGUGGGUUCCAAAAAAGCCAGUAAGAACCCACUUAAUAAACAAAGAAUAAAAGCAGCCCUGUCUAAAACUAAAAAAUCAGAGACUCAGUCUAUGAGCGAGUUCUCUGACUUCUCUGAUGAAGAGAAUAAUAAGGGGGUGACACCACCAACAUCACCUCCAAAAGAAAAACCCCCUGUAAAAUUAAAGAGGAACAACCUUGCAAAGAAUGCUGCCUCAAACACAUAAUGGAUUAUAAAAUAAUCCAAUGGAACUGUCGUGGUUUCCGCAACAACUUCUCUGACAUUAAACACUUGGUGUCAUCUACCUCAUCUCUCUGUGUGGCACUCCAGGAGACUCAUCUAAAACCUGGAGAAAAUACUUCUUUAAAAGGAUUCGAUCUUUACCGCAAGGAUGAUGAUAGCCACAACCGUGCCAGUUGA